ACCCCUCGCUGUGGUGGUAGCAAAAAUCCACUUGGAGAUAGAAGAAAGUGGGGGUUGUGUGUUUCUCUCUAUAAAUCAACGAAAAAUGCCAUCUUUCAACUCCUCCCUCGCUUCCUCACUUCCAGGAAGGAGCUCUCUCUCUCUCUCUCUCUCUCUGUGUUUUCCGAAUAAGAUUUAGAUAUCUCCGGGCGAGUUCAAUAGCAGAAGCCGGGUCAACAUGGACCCACCCAGAUUCGUUAUCGAAGCCUUGGAAGCAGAAUCGAUGGCUAACCAAUCGGGCCUCACCGUCCACCAACUCCUAGCGUCCCUGGUGAAGCCGGCCCAGUCCCUCGCUCGCCCAUCCAUCUCCAAGUUCCAUGUGGGGGCCGUCGGGUACGGAUCCUCCGGUCGGAUCUUCCUCGGCGUUAACCUGGAGUUCCCAGGUCUCCCGCUCCACCACUCUGUCCACGCCGAGCAGUUCCUGGUCACCAACCUCUCAAUCAACGCCGAAACUCGACUCGAAUACAUCGCCGUCUCCUCCGCACCUUGUGGGCAUUGCCGCCAAUUCUUCCAAGAAAUCCGCGGAGCGUCGGAUAUCAAGAUCCUAAUCACUUCCGCCGAUCACGACGACGACAAGGACAAACGGAACCAGCCCCAGUGCGACCGAUUCAACCCGCUUUUGCACCUUUUGCCGCAGAGGUUCGGGCCCGACGACCUUCUGGAAAAGGACGUGCCUUUGAUUUUGGAGGCACACCAUAACGGGCUCUCUCUUUUGAGCCAAAACCACCAGAAACUCUGUAACGGCUUAUGCGACGGGGAGCAUUCAGUUUCUGGGGAUGAUCAAAUUCACGAUGACCUAAAGAUUGCAGCUUUAGAGGCUGCCAACAAGUCUCAUGCCCCCUACAGUGGAUGCCCAUCUGGGGUGGCCAUUUUGGAUUCUGAGGGGAAGAUAUUCAAAGGGUCUUACAUGGAAUCCGCGGCUUACAAUCCCAGCUUGGGCCCUCUUCAGGCGGCUCUGGUGGCCUAUAUUGCUGGUGGAGGCGGUGCAUAUGACAAAAUUGCUGCAGCCGUUUUGGUGGAGAAACAAGGUGCUUUGGUUAGACAGGAGCACACUGCAAAGCUGCUCUUGCAUACCAUUUCGCCUCGCUCUGCCUUUCGGGUAUUUCAUUGCGAUUCGUCUGGUUUUGAUAACUGUAAAAAAGCAGCCUUAGUUGAUUAUGAUUGAUUCAUGAGAAAUUGUGAUCAUCAUCAUCAUUUGUAAUCUGUUCUCUGCCCAUUUGGAUGAUGAAUAUUGAAUGGAGCUAACGGAGAGCAAUCUCUCUACUGUCCUCUGUGCCAUCUCUUUUUAGCAUUCGUUCCGGUUGGUACUAUUAGGUGUCUUAAUCUUUUUUCUGUAUUGGAUUUGAUGGGUUUUCUCUUUUAUUCGAUUGUACUGUUCAUAUAUCAAACAUAAAUUUUUGGCUCCUUCUUUCCAUUA